AGAAAGGAAACUAAAAGAAGAGAGGAUUAUUUUAUUUUAUUUUGUUUUCAUUACUCGAUCAUGGCUUCUUCAUCUUCUUCUUCUUUUGUUCGGUGUUUCCUUCUACUCCUCUUCUUCUGCUUCUCGCUUGUGCAAGCUGCGAAAGUACCAUUUCACCCUCGAGAUGUGCUACCUUUAUUGCCCAGACAAGUUUCGUGGCCGAUCCUCAACUCUCUUAGCAGCGCCGUUGACCUUUUACCGGCCUUUGUCGGCUCUGUUUCGUCCCAAAACCGUGGCGUAGAAUGGAAAGGUGCGUGCUUUUAUGAGAACACGGCGUGGAUGGAGUUCCAUAACAAGAGUGGCAGUCAGUUUGGUGGUGGAACUCUCCAUAUAAAGGUUAGCAAAGCCCAUAGUUGGACGUGUAUGGAUCUUUAUGUCUUUGCAACUCCAUACCGCGUAACUUGGGAUUAUUAUUUUUUGUCUCGGGAGCAUACACUUGAAAUCAAGGAGUGGGAGGAUCGAGCUGAGUAUGAAUAUGUGAAAAACAAGGGGAUUUCGAUUUUCCUCAUGCAAGCAGGGAUGCUUGGAACACUUGAAGCUCUGUGGGAUGUCUUUCCCUUAUUUACAAAUACUGGAUGGGGUGAGAACUCCAAUAUUGGGUUUCUUGAGAAACACAUGGGGGCUUCUUUUGAAUCACGACCUCAGCCCUGGGUCACAAACAUCAGUGUUGAUGAUAUACACUCAGGAGAUUUCCUUGCAAUAUCAAAAAUUCGGGGGCGAUGGGGUGGUUUUGAGACUCUUGAGAAGUGGGUUAGUGGAGCUUAUGCUGGCCAUACUGCUGUUUGCUUAAAAGAUUCUGAAGGGAAUCUAUGGGUUGGUGAAUCAGGACAUGAAAAUGAGAAGGGAGAAGAUAUUGUUGCAAUUAUGCCAUGGGAUGAAUGGUGGGAUUUUGAGCUGAACAACGAUGAUUCUAAUCCCCAUAUUGCAUUACUUCCUUUGCAUCCUGAUGUCCGAGCCAAAUUUAAUGAGACUGCUGCAUGGGAAUAUGCACAAAGCAUGGCAGGCCAACCAUAUGGGUAUCAUAACAUGAUAUUUAGCUGGAUAGACACCAUAGAUGGGAAUUAUCCUCCUCCAUUGGAUGCUCAUCUGGUAGCUUCUGUUAUGACAGUUUGGAACAAAAUACAGCCUGAAUAUGCUGCUAACAUGUGGAACGAGGCCUUGAACAAGCGACUUGGAACUGAGGGCCUUGAUCUUUCUGAUAUAUUGGUGGAAGUGGAAAAACGUGGGUCAUCUUUUGAUGCACUGCUGACCAUUCCUGAACAGGAUGGAUGGAUAUAUAGUGAUGGGAAGUCAGCAUCAUGCAUUGCUUUUGUCCUUGAAAUGUACAAGGCAGCAGGCCUUUUUGAUCCAAUUGCUGACUCUAUUGAAGUCACUGAGUUCACGAUCAAGGAUGCUUACACUCUAAGGUUUUUCGAGAAUAAUUCCAGCCAGCUGCCAAAGUGGUGCAAUGAUGCAGACGAUGUAAAACUUCCUUAUUGUCAGAUUCUAGGGAAGUACCGAAUGGAACUACCUGGAUUUAAUUCCAUCGAUCCAUACCCCCAUAUGAAUGAACGGUGUCCUUCCAUGCCUCCAAAGUACUCCAGGCCGCAAAACUGCUAAACAGCUUCGAUUCUCCCAUUUGUCAUUAUGCCAAUGCCAACCACUACUAUGAGUACAUCUAUUGUUUGAGCCAAUUGUAUGCAAGAUGCCACUGGAAAUUGUGUUUCAAUAUCAGUUGUAAAUAUGGUGAUCAGACUAGGAGUGGAAGAUGUUAGGUAUUGAAUUGUUGUGCACGACAGAAAAUAGAACAUUUAUAUGGACAGAAUCAUGAAAGCCAUUCUUUUAGUCAAAUUUUAGUUUUAUAUGGGGAGCUGUAAUGUUCUAAUUUUUGCUUGGUAUGAUUCACAGCUAACAUGGUUUGUUGGGAAA